CGCAAACAGCCGAGCGUUACUUAUAUUCAUUACUUAUAUUCCAUUCCAUUCGACGCCCGGCACUACCUGCGGGAAGCAACAGUUAUGUCUUCGAGGAACGUUACAGCGUUGAUCGCCGACCCGCUGCGCUGUUGAACCUCGUCGCGUGUGUGUGCCCGCGUACGUAUGGCGUAUGGCUUACCCUAUGGCAUGGCAUCACGGAACUUCGCACUGUGCGCCCUUAUUGUCACCUUCUUCUCCGUCAGUCUCGGACAAACGCCGCCCAAGUCCGAGGUCCUGCCCGAAUUUCUGGCGCUCUUAGAAAAUCACACGGUCACUCAAGGUCGCGACGUCUCCUUCACCUGCGUCGUUAAUCAUCUCCAGUCUUACAAGGUCGCCUGGAUAAAAUCGGAUUCGCGUGCGAUUUUGGCCAUUCACACGCACAUGGUGGCGCACAACCCACGCUUGUCUGUCACUCACAACGGCCAUAACACAUGGAAGCUGCACGUGACUAACGUUCAGCCGAACGACUCCGGCACGUACAUGUGUCAAGUUAAUACGGAUCCCAUGAGGAGCCAGACCGGCUACAUGAAGGUCGUGAUACCACCCGAUAUCAUGGACUUGGAUAACACCGCGGAUAUGCUGACCGCGAAGGAAAAUGGCGAUCUGAUGUUGCGAUGUCGAGCUACUGGCAACCCGGAACCGGUAGUGAUUUGGCGACGAGAAGAUGGCCGCAACAUUACGUUGAGGAACGAGAACAGCGUCAAGCGAACACGUACAUUUGAGGGUGAGCAACUUCAUCUGCGGGGUAUUCAACGACAGGAGAUGGGAUCUUAUCUCUGUAUCGCGUCGAACGGAGUGCCGCCAUCGGUCAGCAAGAGAUAUUACGUCAACGUACGUUUCAAACCGCUGAUUAAAGUCUCAAACCAGUUAGUAGCGGCACCCGUCGACAGCGACGUUCUUCUUCAGUGUUACGUGGAGUCUUCGCCGAAGGCUCUGAACACAUGGUACAGAAAUAAUGGAGUCAAACUACUUGAGAGCGAGAAACACGAUAUAUCAGAAAUAAUCCUCAACGACUAUGCAUAUCAGCUAAAUCUCACUGUCAAACGCCUUGACAAAUCUGAUUUUGGUACUUACACGUGCUCCGCUGAAAACGCUUUUGGAAAAGCGGAAGGAUCCAUAAGACUACAAGAACUACAAAUAUCCAAAUCAACGACAGCCUCCACACGAAAUACCGAGCUUAUCGAAAAGUAUAUCUGGCGGAAGCAGACGGAGAAGAAGGGAAAGAAAUAUUCGUACAUGCUUAACAAAACGGAGUCGGAUCUGACCCUGAAGAAUGUGGGCCACACCACGCCGAUGUCCAGGCGGAAUUUGUCUAGCUUAUCACCGAAUAUCGCGAACAAGUCGAGAAUCUCGGCAUUUCCGCCGCCAGCACCAGCUCCAGCGCAUUCGGCGCCUACACGAUUGGACGUUCAGAACGGCGUUAAAUCAUUACAUGAUUCGCGAUUAUGUCACGUCGGUUUCGUCAUGAUCGUCCUGAUGUUAGAAAAAUGUGAUGGAGAUAUCGAGAGAAUCGAUAUUUUGCUGUAA